AUGUCGCCGACAUACACCAUGUCCGCACACCUGUGCAAGUCCAUUUACGCCUCCUGGCGCGAAACUCGCCGCUCGCCGUCCGACCUACCCUCCCCCGGCGUCCCGGCCCCCAAUGUGACGUCCUACUUCCCUCGCAGCCCAUCUCCCGAAAAGCGCUCCAUGGACAGCGAUCGCAGCGACACCACGGUGCCCAUGGCUCGAUCCACGUCGAGCUCCUCGUGGCGAUCCGGACCCAAAUAG